AUGGCCGGGCUGCCCCGCAGGAUCAUCAAGGAAACCCAGCAUUUGCUGGCAGAACCAGUUCCUGACAUUAAAGCAGAACCAGAUGAGAGCAACGCCUGUUAUUUUCAUGUGGUCAUUGCUGGCCCCCACGAUUCCCCCUUUGAGGGAGGGACUUUUAAACUUGAACUAUUCCUUCCAGAAGAAUACCCAAUGGCACCACCUAAAGUCCGUUUCAUGACCAAAAUUUAUCAUCCUAAUGUAGAUAAGAUGGGAAGAAUAUGUUUAGAUAUUUUGAAAGAUAAAUGGUCCCCAGCACUGCAGAUUCGCACAGUUCUGCUAUCAAUCCAGGCUUUGUUAAGUGCUCCUAAUCCAGAUGAUCCGUUAGCAUAUGAUGUAGCCCAGCAGUGGAAGACCAAUGAAGCCCAAGCAUAG